GGCUGUAUUUCUAUGUUGUCGCAUUAUAAAAGCUGUCACAGAAUACUUUUUAGUGGUAGUAAUACAAUAACAGAUCGUGAGACAGGAGUAUAGAAAAAAUGUUGCUAAUAGUGCUUUCGGCAGUUUUGAUACAAAAUAUCGUAUGUAUUCAUCAGGAUGAAAUUCAAAAGAUAUUACGGAUACACAACUCGUUCAGAAGGAAUUUUGCCAAACAGGGCUUAUCAAGCCAGAUAUCAAAUAUGAAUUCACUAGUAUGGAAUAAUCUAUUAGCGGUUGAAGCCGAACAACGGGUAUCAUGUAUGCCACAUUCUGAGGAAAAUUCAAAUCAUUAUUUUGGGAGGCAAAUUAAUGCAGGAAUAACAAGGAAUGGGAAUCUGACGAAAGUGAUCGGUGACUGGCUGAGAGAGGGACAGUACUUUAUUCCGGAAAUUGAAACAUGUCUCGAUAUUGAAGAAUGCCAAAACUUUAUGACGAUAAUAAGGGCACAAUUACGGUUUUUGGGAUGUGCUUUUCGAAGAAAUUGUAGCAGUCAUAAAAUUCCCUACGAUGUUCUUUUAUGCAUUUAUGAGGGAAACCAGGAAAGUCAUAAACUCUUCAAGAAAGGCCAUGUCUGCACACAUUGCGAACAUCAAACGUCGUUCUGUAAUGAUGGACUGUGCGAUACUUGCAAAACGGAGAACAGUGCUAGUUGUGAUUGCAGAAAAACCUGCAACAAGCCAGGAAUAGGUGUUGGAGCACUGGUAAACUCUACCUGUACCUGCGAAUGCCUCUACGGAAAAGGCCCGAACUGUGACGAAGACUGCGUAAAUCCCCAAAUGUAUGAAAACUGGGACAUUUGUGAGUUGGUGACCACAGAAGACUGCAUGUCAGAGGAUGCUCAAAUCCUCAAGGAAUACUGCCCCGCUAAAUGUGAUUGCACUCGACAUCCAAUGGCUGAAAAUCAAACGAUGGGAAGACGUGGGAAUUAAUGAGAACGAAUGAUUCAAACAAAGCAUUGUUUUCCAUUUAUUGAAGAAGUCUUUGAAGUGUACAUUGAGCAAACAUAGGAAAUGAUUGUCAGAAACUUUGGACACUUUGGAUAUUACUGAUAACACAAGGUUGCAUAAUGGGUAGACAUUGAAUCCACAUUUUCAUAUGAAUAUAUAUGUUUUUGUCUUUUGUGUGUCUUUGAUCAAUAAACAUGU